CCCCAGGCAAUGGGCUGGCCUUUGGUUGAGGGGCUGGUGCCACAGCUGGCAGCGUCCCCAACGCCGGCCAUGUCAUGGGAUGGAGACUUCCUCUUCAGGCUUUCUGUGGGGAUUCACUGUCUCUCGCCAUCUGCAGCUGUGACGGGCCCCCUCCUUGUUCCCUGAGGGAACCCACGGAAGGCCGGAGGCCAAAGCAGGAGAAGAUCCUUCCUUGUCUAUUCCAACUCCUGGUGGCCCCUUGCUGUUCCUUGUUUUGUGGAUGCAUCCCUACAUGGUGUCUUCCCCCUGUGUGACUCUGUCUCCCCAUUUUAUAAGAUGCCACUCAGAAGGGACUAGGACUCACCCUACUCCACUGUGAGCUCAUUAACCUAACUGAUCACAUCUCCAAAGAAAGACCUAUUUCCAAACAAGGUCUUUCAUAGGAACCAGAGCCAGGGCUUGGACAUAUCUUCAUCAUGACAUAAGUGACUAUGACCAUACGAGCCAUGUCUGAAGAGGACCUGCCACAGCUGUGUUCCACCCUCUCAAAGACGAAUGUCUGGCUAUUUUGCAGAGUCAGAGGGAGGCAGACUCGGAGCGCAGUGUCCUAGCUGCUAGAAGCAAGACGUCCCUGGCAUGGAUUCCCACGAAGUUGUAGAGGAGGAGGAAGAGAAUAGAACCCUGAAGGAGGGUGCCGUCCUGGCCAUCCCCCCACUGAGGGCCAGUGAGAAGUUUCACCUUUUUGUGAGCUACAGCAGCCUGGAUGCCGCCUGGACGCAUGAGCUCAUCCACCGGCUGGAGGCCGAGCAAACCGGCCUGCGUGUCUGCUUCCAUGAGCGGGACUUCCUGCCGGGGAGGAACAUCAUUGAGAACAUGGUGGAAUGCAUCCAGCAGAGCCAGAAGAUGCUGCUGGUGCUCAGCCAGGACUUUGUGCAGAGCCGUUGGUGCCUCCUGGAGGCCAACCUCUCUCUCUUCCGCCACUGCAUGGAGAGAAAGCCAGUCAUCCCUGUCCUGCUGCGGCCCUGCCGCAUCCCACUGCACCUCAACCACCUGACCUACCUGGAGGCAGAUGACAGCUGCUUCUACACCAAGGUGGUACGGGCCCUCUGCAUGCCCAAUCACCUGCUGCAGCACUCUACCCUGGCCCCGGUCCAGCUCCCCUCCCUCUACAGUGGGAAGAUGCUGAUGACCCUCAGCUGUGUCAACAAGGACAGCUUGCCCUCAUGGAGGGUGGGGACCUUCAGCACCCUGAGUGUCCCUGACCCACUGCGGGUGGUCUUGGAUGACCCUGAGGUAUAUAGGAAGGCCAUAGGAAUGGUGAACAGGGUCCUGUCCCCCAGGUCCUGCCUCCGGUACCUGGGCUGCCGUGUGAUGCUGGGCACCUUCCUGAUUCUGCUCUCCAUCGCGUCCCUUUUCCUUCCCUUCAUAUUUGGGCUUGAAGAAAAUUCAAACCCAAGGGGCUACCGGUUCCUCCUAGUGGCCGCCAACGUGUUCUUCUGCCCACUGUUCCUGGUGUCAGGGGUUGGUGUUCUGUGCUGGUUCAGGAGGUUUUUCAGGCGGAAAAUGCGGGAGCUGUCGCUGUGUGUAGGGGAGGCCAACACUCUCCUGGCAAGCCACUCGGUGCUUAUGGGUUGCGAGACCCUCAACAAGCUCUGCUUCACAUAUGUGCUUCUGGAGGACUGCAGGCAGGCCUUCCUGGAGGCCUCCACUGGCUCCAGCCCUCGGGCUGAGGCCGUGUUCUAUGAGGCCCUAAGGCAAUUCUCCUCCGACUAUGCCUGCUGCCUUGCCAAUGCGCACUUCCCACCCUGGGAGGAUGUGGGCUCAAGGGGCCACCUGGACCACGGCCUGUGCUUCUGCCAGUAUGUCUCCCUGCAGCUGAGGAGACACAGGUGGCUUGGGCCAGCCCCAUAUGAUGAAGGUGCAGCUUAGAGCCACUCGCUGGGGAGAUGGCCCCUGCACUGGGCGUGGUGGUGACAUGCUCUGGCCUGGCCUUCUGUUGGGUGUCCAGGUUUCCCCUCGCCGGUCCUGCCCAGGGCACGUGGCAAUGCUCAUGGGAGGAAGCAGGCCAGGCGGGUGAGAGGCUCGUGUCCACCGCCAGAUCCUGGGAAAGUUGUGGGCCAUGACGUAUGCUCGCCUGACCCUUGAAACCAUCGCACCCUCUUCGCUGGAUGGCUGGUUUCUGUGCAGGGGCUGAGCCCUGACUCCUGGACUCUCCUCUCUGAGUCCAGGUUUCCUGUAGGCAGCUCCUCCUGUCCCUUGUGCCCAUGACGUAAGUUUCCAUACGUGUCGUAAAUUCUAUCAUUACGGUGUAAGAAGAUGGAUUGGUGGCAGUUGCAUCGCUGAGGUCUGCAAGGUCAGAUAGUGUCUUAAGCCAACCUCUUUGAGAUAUAAACGAGAAGCGAGCAGAGAGACAUGGGGACCUCGUACCACCAAGAAAGCGACACUGGGAGCAGAGUGUGUCCUUUGGACCUGAGGUUCCUGUGCUGAGAUGCUUCCAGGCCAAGGGAAGAUCGAUGACGAGGACCUUCCUCCAGAGUGAGAUGAAGCCUUCUGCUGGAGCCAGCACCCUGAAUUCAGACUUCUAGCUUACUGGACUGUGAAAGAAUACGUUUCUCUUUGUUAAAGCCAUCCACUUGUGGUAUUUUUGUUACAGCAGCACUGGAUAACUAAGACGGGGCCCUGUGGGAGGGUCCCCGUGGUGGGGCCCUGUGAGCGUGGCUGGUGGGUAAGCUGGUGCCAAGGCUCUGGUGCCAGGGACGAGCAGGUUGGGACAGAGUCCCCAUUGUCAUAAAAACCACUCCUGAAGGGUCAUGCUGCUGGGCCUGCAGGCCCACCUCUCCAGGGUACUCAGUGCGCUUGACAUAAGGAUUUCUUUUGGUGUCACAGCUUCAGCCGGCCCUGUAUCUAGAUGGCUUUCACCAAGGAGGCAAAAAUCCCUGCCACGCAGGAGAGCUGCAGAUCACCCAUGAGCCCCUCCCUCCCCACGAUAUUUGUGAGGCCAUCCCUACGGACCAAGGCUUUGAGGCUACUCACAGGGAUAGAUUAGUGGGUCAGGUCAGUUGCCAGGUCAGAACACAGCUCAGAGGUGGCUCUCAAGGAGCUCUGGGCCUCCAGGGUCCUCCCCUUGGCCUAAGGCCCUGCAGCACUGCAGGUCCUGUAGGGGUGGGAGUCAGGAGCAGCCCCCCCAGAGGCAUGCACAACUAUUGCUCUGUGCUGCCACAGCCCCAGAUCCGGCCGAGGUCCAGGGGGAGCACAGCCCUCUCACGGUGACUACGGGCCUGGGGGUGGGGGGUGAUACUCUGGUCUCUGGGGAAGGGCAUGUUUCUGAUCCCUGACCCUGUGCUCACACUGGUGUGUGAGGCAACAGAAGGGCAGGGGAAGGUGAUGCUGUAGGGAUGUUGCUGCCCAGACCCCUGCAGAGCCAAGAGCAAGCACCCUCCACUGGCCGGUAGUAGAACAGCGGGCACGGUGGAUGGACAGGUGGACAGACAAGCCCUUAACUCCUGGUUCUGAGCAUGAGGCCCCCAGCAUAUGACUGCAGCCCUUCAGGGUGAUUCUUGCUACAGGGCCACAUGCCCACCUGUGUUCUCCUGGCUGUCCUAACAGUUCGAUGGGGAAGUGGGGGGGAGGUGAAGAAAGGCCACCCUGGAGGAGCCCCAAAGGAGCAAUGGACGCCCAGAGACCUGGGCAGGGAAAUCUUAGCAGAGAUCACUCCCAUCUCAGAGGUUAAAGGACUAUGGCACCAAGAGGCCCCUGGGAAGGGACGAGUUCCCAUCUGCUCCUGUUCAUGGUGGCCUCUGCCUGCCUCCAAGUGUGCAGCUUGACUCACUGAGUCCUCAUGCUGGUCCCGCUUCUGUGCAAUGAAGCAGCAUGGGCCCACUUGUGCUGCUCUGGGCCCCUCUACCCCACCCGUGGCAGUGGCAGUGACAUUGGCAUUCCACCCACAUGGCGCUGGGUCACAUAGAAAAGUGACAUGGUGGUGACAAAGAGACACACAAAGGUCUGUGACUUCAAAAGGCCUAGAACUCUCUAAAUCAUGAAAUAACACACUUGUAUGCACAAUAAAGAAAAUGUCCAAAAUGAGCCAUUUGACGGUGACCUUGAUCUUCCU